AACAAAAUCUCUCUCUGUUUCAAAUUUAUUGUGUGCCUUGGAAACACACAUGUUGAUAUUGGUUUCUUCGUUUCACUCUUCUCUCCGUUUCUUCUAUGCGAAAACGUUUCCUUCUUUCUUCUCCGUGUGUGUUUUCCACAAUCUUCAUACCCCUUUUCUAACUUUAUAACUCUCUCCUUUCCUUUCUCACAUACCCACAUUUUAAAGCUUCCAACUUUGCAUCUUUCAAGGCUUCUCAUGGGACACCAACCCAAAAUCGAAACUGGUUCUGGUUCCAGUGACCAUUUGGAUUUGGAAGACAUGAGUAUUCAAGAACUGGUUUCAGUGUUGCGAACAGCUUUUCUGACGGAAGAUUUUGAUAGAGUUGAAGAGGUUUUAGUCCGUAGAGAUAAGAGACUGCAAACAGAAAUUCUGCGUCUUCAAGAAAUGGUUGAAUUGGAGAAAUUAACUAGGUUUCAAGCUGAAGAAGAUUUGAGAAAUAGAGAGGAACUAUGUGAGAAAGGGAAAAGAGCACAGAAUAACUAUGAAAAGUUGUUGAAGGAAGUCAAGAAAAAUACUAAUUUAGCAGACAGAGACAUCAUUGGAGAGCUAAGAAAGAAGAACAAUGAAUUGGAGUUGGAAGUUUGCGAGCUGAGAAAGUUGAAGGAAAAAUGGGUGGAUGAAACCAAUGCUCUUGCUCAGCUUAGAAUCAGAGUUGGUGUUUUGGAGAAUAACAAUAAUGCUUUUGAAGAUAAAGAUGAAGGUAAUGUUGGUGACUAUGAGAUUCGCAAUGACGCUUUGGAAUGUGCUACUUUGCAAACAAAUGAACCACCCAGCAAAAGGAGCAAGAAUGCUACAUGUGCAUCCUCAUCAGUGGUGAAAACUCGAGGACGUGACGAUUGGAUUCCAUCUUGUGGAGGUGUAGGACGGAGAGCUCGACAGACAAUGAAUGUAGAGGGUGAGAAUGUAGAUGCAACUGCAUCUGCUCCACAGUCGUCACAGUUUCCAGGAGGACCGUACGAUACGUCUCUUCUCGUAAAGUACGAGCAUCAUGUUGCUCGCCAUUUAUGGUACGGCGAGGAGAGAGGACUGAAGAAAGAACUCAAGGUUGUUGCACACGGGAGCAAGCUGAUAGCAUGGGUUCCAGAUUUUCUCCCACCUACGAUAGAGAGAUGGUUGAGUGACUCUGGUCUAUCUUCACUACAAAGAACUAGUUUGUCGAGGAUAGACCCAAACUUAAUAUCAGCAUUUGUAGAAAGAUGGCAUCCAGAGACAUCGUCAUUUCAUAUGCCAUUUGGUGAGAUGACCAUUACAUUGGACGAUGUUUCUUGUCUACUUCACCUUCCGAUCAAGGGUGAGUUCUGGGACCCUCCAUCAAAUAUCACUGAAGAAUAUGCUAUUGCUCUUGCUGUUGAUAUGUUGGGAGUGCCAUUUGAGGAAGCAGCACUAGAGGUCCGUGCUUGUAGAGGUGCUUAUUAUAAGCUGGAAUGGAUGCACACCUUAUUUACACGUCAUCGCGCUGCUUCUAGAUUCGAUUGUGCUGCCAGAGCUUAUAUGAUGAUGCUGGUAGGUUGCACAAUUUUUGCUGACAAGACUUUUACUCUUGUCGAGGCAAGGUAUCUACUACUAUUUAGGGACUUGGCUGGAUGUAGUAGAUAUAGUUGGGGGGCAGCUGCAUUGGUCACACUCUAUAAACAUUUAGGAGAUGCUUCCAUGUUUACUUGCAAGCAGCUCGGCGGAUAUGCCACUCUGCUACAGUGUUGGAUCCAUGAGUAUUUUCCAAUGGUUGGAAGAAGAAGAGAGACUCGAAUUACAACUAGUGGUGGUGGACUUCCGCGAGCUAUGAGAUGGGCGUAUAAGCAAGGAGAACUGAAGGUGGAUGAGCUGAGACUUGUAUUGGACGUGCUUACACCUACUGAUGUCAUAUGGCGCCCAUUCGAGAAUCAUAGGGUGGAACGUCCAUUUGAUGAUAUAUGUCUGUAUAGAGGGUGUUUGAAAUGGUGUGACACAGUUGUUCCAUACUUGCCUGAUAGAUGUAUACGCCAGUUUGGAUUUAGGCAGUAUAUUCCGCCCCCACCUCCUGAUUGUAACACGCAUGAUGUAGACGUUAAGUGGAUUACUUACCAUUCCAGCGUCCUUGAUGUGAUUCGUCUGACAGAUGUGGCUAACAUUCCAUAUGAUGCUAGUGUUGGAUAUUUGGAGUGGUAUUAUCGUGUUUCACAUCCACGGUUGAUACCACCCUCUCAGAAUGAGUAGAGAGAGGUGCCAAUUCCCCUUUAUGAUGAAGGAUUGUCCGAUCCGAAGUUUUCACGUGUUUCUACCUUACUUCAUCGUUAUCUUCAGCAAGUUGGUGCUGAUGAGGAAGACCUACAGUUUUUUGAUUUAUUUGAAGCAUUACAUAUAGUUCAUAGUUGACUUAAUGUGUUAAUUUGAGACUUAUGUAUUAAUUUGAGACUUAAGUGUUAAUUUGAGACUUAUGUUUUAAUUUAAGACCAUAUUAACUCAAUAGCAUACAAUAUAAUGUCAUUAAAAUCCAACAAUAUAUUACAUAGAACUAUACUUUUGAAGAAGAUGAGGAGAAUGUUGGUCACCCUGAGAUUGGCAAUGGCACUGUGGAGCCAAAUUCUUUGGAAAGAAAUAAACCACCCCGUAAAAGGAGCAAGAAUGCUCAAGGUGCUUCAUCAGGUAUGAAUUUUCUUUGAACCAGUGAGGCUAUUAGUUAUUGGUUGUUACUAGAAAUUAUAUCAAGUACCACUUGGUUUUUAGGACCCUUCAUGAUUAAGUCCUUAUAGUAUUUGCCUAUAAAAGGCUGUAGAUGUACCAUGAAUUUAUAUAUAGUUGUGAUUUGAAUGAAGUAUAGUGUAUUGUGAUUUGAAUGCAGUGUCUAUGUGUGAAUAUUUAUGUGUAACUAUGUCCCACUGAUAUAGUUGGUCCAACUUGUUCCACCGGUGAUCACCCAUCAUCAUAAUUUGCAGUUGUAAUAUGUGCAUAACGUAAGAACAUAAAAUAUUACUUUUGAAGCUUCUUCCUUUCUCUCGGGUUCAUCUUGGUUCUACAUUGCCUAGUUCAAGCAAGUAUUCUUCCUUUCUCCUAUGGAACCUCAAAAUAACGUUGGUUUCUAGUAAGGUUCUUGGCCAUAUUAAUUAGAGUUCGAAGUUUGUGAGUUGAGAAAGUUGAAGAAAAAAUAGGUGAAUAAUAGCUAUGCUUUUGCUGAGCUUAGAACUAGAGUUAGUGUCUUGGAGAAUGACAAAAAUGCUUAUGAAGAUAAAUAAGAAGAGAAUGUUGGAGAUUAUGAGAUUGGCAAUGGCACUGUAGAGCUUGCUCCUUCGUAAAGAUAUGGACCAUACUGUUGUUGUUUUGCCUAGAUGCGUUCGUAUCGUUUCUUUAGUUGAUGGUGCCAUCGACAAAGGAGAGGUACAAAAAUGUACCCCUAUAUUGGACACAAUGCAUAAGAUACUAGGAGAGGC